GUUCGGACCGGAGCGAGAGCGGAACGCGUUCGAUCCUCGGCGAAAUUCAACCGACGGCCUGUGCGCGUUUUGUCGUGCGGCCGUCGUUGCCAAGCAACGAUCGAACGACGCCAGUUCGCCCCGAGUUUACCCGCGAGGAAGGCCGCGCACGGACCGCCUCGGCCCGCGUUUCCGCCGACGAUUCGAAUCGGAAGGAUUCGACGGGAUCGGAAGCGAACCCGAGAGCCCCGCGGCAGGACAACGGGAUGCGAUUCGAGGAUAGACGGUGACCGCGCGCGCGAACAUGACGGGCAAAGGUUUCCGCGUGAAGGUGCGACUGGACCUGCACGCCGUAACGUGUCCAGGGGUAUGGCUGUGUCCUAGCGGCGAAACGGCGCUGCGGAUAAUCAGUCUCGGCUCCACCCUAGAAUCCGACAGAGUAUCUCCGAUUUUUCCACUAUUAUUUCACAACGAGUUUAACUUUAAGAGAACGUUCACACGGCUGGCUGGUUUGACAGAACUGCAACAGAAAUUGGAGCAACAGUUUAUCCGCGCCGAAUUGAUACAAUGGCUUGGUCCGUGCAACCGAGCCGUCGUGUUAGCCACCUUCGAAACCAAUUUGUCGGACGUGCUGUACCCCGUGUCCCGUUGCAAACGAUUGCUGCCCGGAGUAGACGUCGACCUCCUCAUGGAUCCAACGAAAUCGUUCCCCGGCAUCAUAGCACCCAAGAUCGAGAUCUCGACGAGAACCGUGAUAGAGGAGGUGCUGGCUGUUUUCGACGGCUGGUUGGACGAAUCGGCCGCAGUCGACGCGAGAACGACCGAAUUCAAGCGCACGCUGCCCGCUCAGAGGAGACGACCCGCGAAAGGUAUCAUCAGACAAAAGAGAGUUUGUCACAGCCGAACGCAUCGUGGCAUCGAGCUUCCUCGAACCAUAACGUUCCGUUCAAGCGCGAGAUGCCGAUGCGUGGACGCGGACGACUCUCCGGUUCGCCAUCGGCCACGAAUCGAGCAAGGUUGCCGAGAGACUCGUCGACGAGAAGAUCGCGAAUACCUACGAGGCGUCCACGACCGGUCGAGCGAUCGCCGAGCCUCCGUCGCCGCUUGCGAGAACGCUCGUCUCUUCGAUAAAUGUUCCGUCUGUUCGAUGUACAAGUGUUACUUCGGCUGCGACUGCAGCAGCCACGCUCGCGAUCGGCGGAUAGCCGGCGGAGACGCGGACUCCUGCGACGAGUGGCGAUGUUGCGACGACGCGCUCGCUAGAGCCUCGAGGACUCGAUGCCCAAGGACGACGAACGCGUAUCGAUCUUCCCGUUGCUGGGGAAAGGAUCGCGGGGCAAAGUGUCGGCACGUUUCGAAAUAGCAACGUUGCUCGAAGCGAGAACAGCUCGUGACCGGAGCCAAGGCUUGCACGAGGGCGAGGGAAACUUCCAGCGCGGGAAACCGACGAUAGCUCGAUCAAAGUCGAAGGAAUCUCUGUUCUAGGACGGAACGAUGUAAAAGAGGCAAUCGAAACUCUAUACGAACCGGUGAAAUUUUCUUUUAUUUCACGUAAACCUGCCGUCCCAGCAGAUAUACAGGCGUAGACUGUUUCUUGAUGCCGCGAAAGUUGACCGAUUGCGAGAGCAACGCCGGAGUUCUCAGGUAUAUACCUCGAGCCUGAGGUGUCCAUGCUCUCAAGGUCGCGUGCUCGUUCUCGUGCGGCGUUACCGCGAUCCAACCUGAUUCAGAGAAAACGCGAUCCGAUUGAAUUGGCGGCUCCGCGAGCAUGAAAUCGAUCUCGAACAAAUCGUUUACCUAUACUGGACAGUACGAUGUCCGCCACGGAUUUCUUGUAAUUUAUGCCCGUGACUUUCAUUUCUUUCGAGCCCAAUUUCGGCCACCUUUCCAAUCGUUCGGGGUCGUUGACCGGCACUGCGAACGCUCUCGUGGUCAGCAAUUGUUCGUACAGGUCGUCCGCGUGUUCCGUGAGGCAUAUCGUUAGAGGCAGUUCCAUGCUCGCGAACAGCGUACACCUGUUGAUCGAACGGAUAAUUUGUAGAGUUCGAAGUUUCGCAACGAGAACGAUAAAAAAGAUUCGGUACCGAAUGUAAACGUCUCCUUCGAGGUAGUCCAAUCUUCCCAUGCCAGCCAGGAACAUGGUUUCUUUCGGCCUGAGGAUGAACGUUCUCGGAGAUAUUAUUUGCUUGGGUAUGGUCAAGGACAGUUCGUCGGUCGUUAACAGAUCUAAUAUUUGAUCCGGCUGAAUGGUGCCCGGUGUAUCGUAACACCAACGACUCUGCGCAUACUCUGGCUGUGUUUCGUCGAAACAAGGCUUCCUUUGCAUAAACUUGUACGAUUUCUCCGAGAAUGGAUCGCGUUCUUCCAGCGGUUCCUUUCGGAAGGUUCUACCUACGCGCUCUACGGAAAAACUGUACAGAUUAAUAAUCGAAAAGUCCGCGUAGCCGAUCGAAUCUAAAUAAAUCUCCACCUUCCAACAUGGUGUAACGUAUGUUCCUUGUCUCCCGAAACUUCGACACUCUAUAUUCUGUCUCGGCCACUUUAUAAACUUGUUCUUGUAUCAGUCUUUGCGUUCGCAACGCGACUUUCUCGGGCUGUGCGUUCAGAAUAGGAAAUUUCAGUAGAUUCAACGUCGUCCCUGGCCAAGGUGAUAUCGUGGCGCGUUGCAGCAGAUCCACAGCCUGACUUUUACAGUAAUCCGAGUUGAUCAGCGCAUUGAACAUUGUACUUUUUCCAACGUUUGUACAACCAACCAAAUACACGUCUCCUGAAAAUUUA